GCUCAGUCACGUCCUGUCGCUCAAAGAUCGCAAAACGAGCGGUGGUGGUAUCCGGAUACGCCGGAUAAACCGACUUCAGCGUGGGAUUGUGAAAAAACGGAGAAGGCAGCCUUCACUCUUCUUGGUGAAUGACGACGCGUCCCGCCGUCUCCAGCCCAUCCCCGACCAAGACCCGCAAGCUGAACAUGCACGUGAGCCGCCAGCACUCGGAGCGCGACUGGGACCUGCACCGCCUCCUUCUGCGUCCAUCGCCCUUUGGCAACGAGACCAACGAGGACAUGGGCAUGGGCAAGUUCGCUCCGGGUAUGGACACCGUGGACUUUCUCAAGACCGAGGCCAAGGUGCUCGUGCUCGGCGCCGGUGGCCUUGGCUGCGAGAUCCUCAAGGACCUCGCGUUCUCGGGCUUCAAGGACAUCCACGUCGUCGACAUGGACACGAUCGACAUCUCGAACCUCAACCGCCAAUUUCUCUUCCGCCGGGCCGAUGUCGGGCAACCCAAGGCGCUGGUGGCCGCCAAGUUUAUCAUGCAGCGCGUCAAGGGCGUCACGGUCACGCCCCACCACUGCGACCUCCGCACGUUUGACAGCGAAUUCUACAGCGACUUUCGCCUCGUCAUCUCGGGCCUCGACAACAUUGACGCGCGGCGCUUUGUCAACUCGGUGCUCGUCUCGCUCGUCGAGACGUACGACGACGGCGACAUUGACCCGAGCACGAUCAUUCCGUUCAUUGAUGGCGGUACCGAAGGCUUCAGGGGCCAGGCGCGCGUGAUCCUUCCGCGCAUCACGUCGUGCUUUGAGUGCUCGCUCGAUGCGUUCCCGCCGCCGACAUCGUUUCCGAUGUGCACGAUCGCCGAGACGCCGCGCCAGCCUGCGCACUGCGUCGCGUACGCAUCGGUCAUCCUCUGGGAGAAGGAGUUUCCGGACACCAAGAUGGACACAGACUCGCCCGAGCACAUGCAGUGGGUCUACCAGAAGGCGCUCGAGCGCGCCGAGAAGUACGACAUUCCGGGCGUCACGUACGUCUUCACGCUGGGCGUCGUCAAGAACAUCAUCCCUGCGGUUGCGUCGACCAAUGCCGUGAUCUCGGCCAUGUGUGUCAACGAAGCGCUGAAGGCCAUGAGCUACUGCAGCCAGACGAUGCACAACUACCACAUGCACAUGGGCGCGACAGGCAUCUACAGCCACACGUUUGAGUACGAGAAGAAGCGCUUCUGCGGCGUGUGCGCGACGGAGAGCCAUGUGUUGCGCGUGCACCCGAACACGCUUCUGAAAGAUGUGAUCACGACCGUGUCGGAGACAUAUCGCCUCAAGAACCCGGCGCUCGUCGCGGAGAAGAAGAGCCUCUUCAUGCCCAACCCACCAGCGCUCUACGAGGCGACCAAGGCCAACCUGGAUGCGCCGAUCAAGGAUCUCGUCGAGGAUGGCAAGCACGUGACGAUCACGGACCCGGUGUUUGUGGGCGACAUCUCGCUGAACCUCCGCAUCCAGUUUGACUUGGAUGACUAAGACAAGCCCACCAAGAUGUCGGAGAGAUCCGUUUCGAUGGCAUUGAAGCAGAGAAUUCAAGAUGUAUGGAGGAGCGACUUGGACGCUGGGAGGAUUCCUCCUCUGCGCGCGUUGGAUCGUCAACACCCACCGUAUGAUCGGAUCGUAUACUUGUAGUUUGUAUGUCGAGUAGGAACGCCAGUGUGCGGCAAUGUGACGAUGGGCGGGACCUGUGCCAAGUGCCAAGUGCCAAGUGGAGUACGAGCAGCUCGAUCAGGGUCCGUACUGUAGACAGCAAAUAAUAAAAAUGACACGCAUCGCCUUUUUAUGUCAAA